AGAGCAUCGAAAAAAAUACCCACGUUUGUCUUCUCCCUCCGGCACCCCUUUGUUUGUAUAUAAAUAGUCUCCCGCUUCUGUUGGAUUUGCAUAUCAUACUCUUUACUCUCUUCUGUUUCACCUACCAAACUUUAAUUAUACAGAUUACUAUUCACAUAUAUCACUCACGAUGGCUCCAGCAACUGCAGAAUCAAUCAAGCCUAGAGAUGUUUGUGUUGUUGGUGUUGCCCGUACCCCGAUGGGUGGCUUCCUUGGUUCUCUUUCAUCAGUUUCAGCGACUAAACUUGGAUCAAUUGCAAUUGCUGGUGCUAUCAAGAGAGCAAAUGUUGACCCGUCACUUGUCGAAGAAGUUUUCUUCGGCAAUGUCCUCAGUGCAAACUUGGGGCAGGCUCCAGCUAGACAAGCAGCAUUGGGUGCAGGACUACCCAAUACAGUGAUUUGUACUACCGUCAACAAAGUUUGUGCAUCUGGAAUGAAAGCAACUAUGCUUGCAGCACAAAGUAUACAGUUGGGCAUCAAUGAUGUUGUUGUGGCUGGUGGAAUGGAAAACAUGUCUAAUGUCCCCAAGUAUUUUGCAGAAGCUAGGAAGGGAUCUCGUCUAGGUCAUGAUAGUCUUGUUGAUGGAAUGCUUAAAGAUGGUUUGACGGAUGUCUACAAUGAUUGUGGUAUGGGAGUUUGUGCUGAAAUAUGUGCUGAGAAUCACAAAAUCACAAGAGAGGACCAGGAUAACUUUGCAGUUCAAAGUUUUGAACGUGGCAUUGCUGCACAGGAAGCUGGUGCUUUCACAUGGGAGAUUGUGCCGGUUGAAGUCCCCUGUGGAAGAGGAAAACCAUCCACCAUUGUUGAUAAGGAUGAAGGUCCCGGAAAGUUUGAUGGCGCAAAAUUGAGGAAACUCCGACCAAGCUUCAAGGAAAAAGAUGGUACUGUGACUGCUGGUAACGCUUCUAGCAUAAGUGAUGGUGCUGCCGCACUGGUCUUAGUAAGUGGAGAGAAAGCUGUAAAACUUGGACUAGACGUGAUUGCUAAGAUCUCAGGAUAUGCAGAUGCUGCACAGGAACCUGAACUAUUUACAAUUUCACCUGCUAAAGCAAUUCCAAAAGCCAUCAAAAGUGCUGGUUUAGAGGCUUCUCAAAUUGAUUACUACGAAAUUAACGAAGCUUUUGCGGUAGUAGCUCUUGCAAAUCAAAAGCUGCUUGGUCUUAAUCCAGAAAAAAUUAAUGUACAUGGUGGAGCUGUUUCUUUGGGGCAUCCUCUUGGAUGUAGUGGAGCUCGUAUAUUGGUUACUCUACUUGGGGUAUUGAGACAGAAAAAUGGCAAAUACGGAGCUGCUGGUGUUUGCAAUGGAGGAGGCGGUGCCUCGGCCCUUGUUGUAGAACUUAUGUAAUACAUUUCUUUGGUCCUUGGUGAGUAUUGCAAGCUUAGUUACAAGAGGUGGAGCUUCAAUGGAUUAAUUAGAUUGAGUGGUUGGUGUCUUCAAGUAGCGAAAGAUUGUGAAAUUUUUCUGUCUUCUUUCAAGCAAUUGUACUCUUCACAUAUAAAUAAAUGCAAUAGUGAUUACUUCCCUAAAAGUUGUAGAGUUUCCAAAGGUUGUUAUAGAGUUUGUUAUUCAACUUAUACA